AGAGAUGACAUCUGUCGAUACUAGCUUUGCCUUUUCAAGUAUAAUAAACAAACGGCUCUCACUUUCUGAGACAAAAUGUCUAUAACAACUUGCCAGAAGGUGACUCUGAUAUCAUGCUCUGUUCUCUGUAUUUCUCUCUUCCUGCCCAGAAUGCUUUUACCCAGAGGGAGAAAGGAGACGGGGCAGCCUGAGGUUGGACCAGGGUUCUACCCCCCUGUGAUGCGUCAGCUUUCAGUGCCAGAGGACCCAGAACAGUGGGAUGUGGACCCUUUACUCUCCAUGGCACACAAUGCUGAAGCUAUGGGCAAAGUGAAAUUCAUCGGACGAGGCAAAAGAUACGACAUGAUGUCUCAAGUCAUACCCAUAUAUGGCUUUGGGAUCCUUCUUUACAUCUUAUAUAUAAUAUACAAGCUGACAUGUAAGGGUAAGACUUCUAAAUCAGGGACCUACACCACAGUAACCAAGGCGAACCAGACCAAGGCGAGUGUGGAGAACAAGAUUAGUGAUUAUGAACUUGCCAAGCUUCAAAGGAGACUACUGCAAACAGAAAGGAUGAUGGAGAAGAUUGUCUCUGAAAAGGGUCAACGCUCUUCAUGUGGCAGAAGGAGGAAGAGUAAAACUACGACCUCAAAGAAGGAGGAGAAAUUACUAAAGCAGCUCAGAGAGAUCACACAGCUGAUGCAGGAGGGUCGCUUUGAGGGAGCCUCCCCAGAGAUGGAGGCUGAGGAGGUGCCCUACUGUGCAGACUGGGAAGGUUACCCAGAGGAGACUUACCCAGAGUUUGAUGAAACCUAUAAAAGAUGUGUAUUUGAAGGUUUUAUGCUGGAAGAACCCUCCUUCCAACCUACAGCUGAAGCCCUGGCAGAGAGGAUGGAACAAGAGGAGGAGGAGGUUAUGGCAAGGAAGCUAUCUAUAGUAAAAGAGGAGGAUGAAGAGGAGGGUGGAGAGGAACAGGGAAAGGAGGAGGAGGAAGAAAAAGAAGAAGAUGUGGAGGAAUUAGAGGAAGACAUUGAGAAGGAAGAGGAAGUGGGGGAAGAGGAAGCAGAAAAAAGGCAGCUUCUUUGUUUUCCUUCACCUCAGCGUAAUGUGAAGACAAAGCAGCAGAGAAUUGGUUUGGAGGUGAGCAAAGAGUUACAGUGUCACAACGGAGGUAAAAAACAAAUAAGCUUUAGUGACCACAGAGAUGUGUUCCACUACCCUAAAGAGGAUGCCUUUGAUGGGGAGGAAGAGGAGGUGGAGGAAGAGGAAGAGGAGGUGGAGGAAGAAGAUGAUGAGGGCCCCGAAGUGGAGGAAGAGGACGAGGGCCCAGAGGUGGAAGAGGAGGAGGAAGCUGAUGAAGAUGAUCCAGUGAUGGAGGCAGAGAGCCUGCUGUUCAGUUGUGAGGGAUGUCCCAACCCUGAGGAAGAGGCAGAGGAGGAUGAAGAAGUGUAUUCGUUAACAUCAGGGUCUGUGGAGGGAGAGAGCAGUAUCCAUGCAAACAUGCCUACAGAAGUCAGCGGGCUGAGAAUGCGGAACAGGAGAGAGACAUGAAAGACUUCAACCAAGACCAAAAAUAAGUUUUUACAUAGAGAGGGCUCCUCGAGGUGUACUUUUUUUUUAACAUCCUUUAUAUGUUAAGAAAUAGUGAAAUAGGGACAUGCAAUGUUGUACUGAAGUUAUAUGUUACAUAAACCAGCAAAUAGUCAAAGUUGUUUAGUAGUUAAAGUUGUAUUUUUGUGUUCUUUCAAAGGCAUUUAUUUUUCUAAUAGACCUGAUUUAGAAGAUCAUUUCUUAUUCUACAUCUUGCAUCAGGACAUGCUCGGUGGUGAUUCUAGAGUCUGGGGCCCUGGGCAUAAAUCCAUUGGAGGCCUUCCAACCAGCGUUCAUCACCAUCAUGUCUGCCAGUGUCCCGACGAUUUCUUCUCUUCCUCUUUUUUCCUGUCUCUUUUUUCUCCCCUUUUGACGGAUAAUUCCUCCUCUGUUUUAUUUGUUGACUUUCAUUUAAAAACGUUGGUUUUCACAGCAAUAAUGCAUGCAACACUUUGCAGGGCAACACGAGUGAGUGCUGUCAGAUGGGGGCCCCUUAGGGAGGUUUCCUACUGUCGUUGCAAAAUUAGCACAUUUUGGGUCACUGCUUUGGUUUAAGUUUGUGAGCCCUCAGGGGCCCCCUACUGGUCUGGGGCCCCAAGCAGCUGCCUGCCCUGCCUGUUGACAAGCAGCACCUCUGGACAUGGAGCCCUUUGAAGGCCAUUGUCCAACCACACAGAUAUUUUUAUCAUUCUUUUUAUAUAUUCUUAUUUUUUCUAUUAGACCUACUUUUUAGGCCUUUCAAAGAAUCUGCAUAGACAUAGACUCACAUCUCACCCUCUUCUUUUACCACAGUAGGUGCACAAGGUAAUGCAGGAUAACUCACAUUCUGUUUCUAAUUGGUUUAAAGAUUUUUUGUCAUUCCUGUCAUAGCACUGCCAAGGUUAAACCUGAGCAGCAGCUCAGCCAGACUAGUUAUUGAAAAACAUCUGUGUGGGUUUAUUGGAGUCCUUUAAACAAUUAUUUUAAAAAAAUGUAGAUGAUUAAGUUCUAGUGAUGGACUGAUAUUCUUUCCUACUCAUUACUGUCUAAAGAAUUGAUUUUAUCGACCUAGAAAUGUUUGCAGUCUUCCCAGUUGACUUACAUAUGAUUGUAUUGUAAUUACUUUUUCAUUAAAAUGUGCAACGUGGUUAACGGAGGUCAAAUAAGUGGUCACAGCAGGGAGAGAGAAUUGAUUGUGCAGAGCUUGACACAGUCACUGUUACACAAUGUUUGGCACCACCUAAUGGUUAAAUAUGGAUCUACUUCAGUUUUUCUUUCCUGUUUGGUAAUAAACUGUUCAGAAAAUACAGCAACAUGAUAAAUGACAA